AUGCUUUUAGAUGGUAAGCAUUGUAUUUUACCGAUUUUCGAUAAACCUGAUUAUAGCAACUCGUUAGUACUCGCACCUCGAAGUGAGUCUAUACAUUAUGUGUAUUUCAAUAAGGAAGUGGAAGAGGAUUGUUUUGUGUGCGCGAGAGAGAUAGAAAAGGAUGUAUUUUUGGCAGGAACUAUUGUUCAACCGAAAAAUAAACGCGUUCCAAUUACGAUUUUAAAUACUAGAGAUGAGGAAAUAAGAUUAAACAAUUUUACUUUAGAUGUGGAACCUUUGAGAGAGUAUAACAUUUUUAAAUUUGGUCAAUGUAAAUGUAGCUCCAAUAGGGCUAAAUCUUUGUUACCUUUAUUAGAACUUACUCAUUUAAACAAUGAAGAGAAAGAAUCUAUUGAAACCAUUUGUUCUAAAUAUUCUGAUAUUUUCUUCUUACCAGGUGAUAAAUUAGAAACUACUAAUAUUUGCGAACAUACCAUUACAUUAAAAAAUAAAAGUAAUCCAAUAUAUAAAAAACAAUAUAGAUUACCACAUGCAUUAAAAACUGAAGUAAAUAAACAAAUAACAAAGAUGCUCGAUGACGACAUUAUCGACGAAUCUUCUAGCGAAUGGUCAAGUCCUAUACUAUUAGUACCUAAAAAGUCUGAAAGCUCACAGAAAUGGCGUUUAGUAAUCGAUUUCCGUAAAUUAAAUGAAAACAUUGUAGAUGAUAAAUUUCCGUUACCCAACAUAAAAGACAUCUUAGACUCACUAUCUGGUUCAAUUUACUUUACUCAUCUAGAUUUACAACAAGGAUACUACCAAGUAAAAUUAGCACCUGAAAGCAGAAAAUACACAGCUUUUUCAACUAGUACAGGACAUUACCAAUUAAAACGUUUACCGAUGAGUCUUAAAACUUCCUGUAGUGCUUUCAGUAGGGUCAUGUCAAUAGCAAUGUCAGGACUAGCGUUUGAGAAGUGUUUCAUUUAUUUAGAUGACCUUAUUACGUUUCGAAGGUCUUUAGCUACUCAUAACCAAAAUUUGAUAGACGUUUUUGAAAGAUUGAGGAAGGUAAAUUUAAAACUAAAUCCCGCUAAGUGUCAAUUUCUAAAAAAGAAAAUUUUAUAUCUUGGUCAUGUAGUAACCGCUGAUGGUAUAGCACCUGACCCAGAAAAAACUAAAGUUCUAGAUAAGUUUCCAGUUCCUCAAAAUGCCGAUGAAGUAAGACGCUUUGUUGCUUUUUGCAAUUACUAUAGAAAAUUUGUACCUUCAUUUGCUACCAUAACAAUGCCUUUAAAUAAUUUACUAAAAAGGGAUGUACCUUUCAUUUGGAAUUCAGAUUGCCAAAAUGCAUUUAAUUUCUUAAAAAACACUUUAAUUUCUCCACCAAUAUUAGAAUACCCAGACUUUGGUAAAACUAAUGAAUUUGUACUGCAAACAGACGCCUCAGACUUGGCUGUAGGAGCUGUGCUGUGUAAUAAAAAUAGAAAACCAAAAAUAGAAAACCAAAGAAAGGUUGUUAUUUAUUAA